UAGCCCCUUUUUGCUUUCGAAUGGGUGGACCCGGAAGGAGGGUACUCAGGACAACUGACCUAGACAAGACUGCCACAAGGGUUCAAAAAUGCUCCCACCCUGUUUGAUGAGGCUCUAAAUAGGGACUUGGCUCCGUUCAGAGUGUCUCAUCCUGAGGUGACCCUUCUGCAGUAUGUAGAUGACCUAGUAGCGGCUGAUUAUCAGGACACCUGUAUGGCAGGUACUAAAGACUUGUUGAGACUGUUACAGAAAUUGGGAUAUGGAGUGUCAGCCAAAAAGGCCCAGAUCUGUGCCUCCUGGGUCACUUAUCUUGGGUACAAAAUUGAUGGGGGCACCCAACAAUUGUUCCAGAGAUGAAAACUAGCUAUAUUACAGAUCCCAACACCCACCACAAAAAGACAGGUGCGUGAGUUCCUGGGAACUGCUGGCUACUGCCAACUCUGGAUUAUAGGGUUUGUGGAGAUCGCAAAGCCCCUAUAUGCAGCCACAGCCAGAGGGAACACACCCUUAGUAUGGACAGAAACCGAACAGAGGAUGUUUGAGACCUUAAAACAAGCCCUUGUUCAGGCACCAGCUUUGGCCCUACCAGACAUCAGAAAGCCUUUCCAGUUGUUCCUGGCUGAGAAAGACGGAGUGGCAAAAGGGGUCCUUACUCAAACUUUAGGACCCUGGAAAAGACCCAUGGCUUAUUUGUCUAAAAGACUUGAUCCUGUGGCCACUGGCUGGCCACCCUGUCUCAGAGCCAUCGCAGUGACACCCCUCCUCAUAAAGGAGCAGGACAAGUUAAGCUUGGGUCAGGGGCUCAUGAUUAGUGCACCUCAUGCAGUCUCCUCCAUGCUUCGAGGAGGCUCUGAGCCUUGGAUGUCAAAUGCUAGACUGACUCAAUAUCAGGUGCUCCUGAUUGACCAGCCCUGGAUCAAGUUCACAGAAGCCACUACCUUAAACCCUGCGACCCUGCUGCCAGCCUCAGACCCGACAACUCUGCUACAUGACUGCCAGGGACCCUCCAGGACAUAACCACGACCAGACCUGAUUUGUGGGAUGUGCCCCUGUAGGACCCUGAAGAAACAUUCUUCACGGAUGGGAGCAGCUUCGUCAAACAAGGAGUCAGCCUGGAGAUCUGGUACUGAUAAAGAGACAUUCGUCUAAGGCUCUGGAGCCACACUGGGAAGGACCUUUCCAGGUGAUCUUGACGACACCAUCUGCUGUAAAGGCCGCAGGGAAAACACUGUGGAUACAUCACUGCCACAUCAAAGCAGCUCCUGAGGACACCCUGGAGGACAAAUGGAGGAUCAUCAGUCAACCAGACGACGUCAAGAUAAGACUGGGAUGAGAAAAGAGAUUCUGAUGAUUUUGUUCUUGAUUAUUGUGACAGUUGUUUCCCCAACAGCCACCUCUCCUCCCAGGACUGCCAAAAAUCCCUAUAUCCCAAAAGUAAUAGAUUGGGAGUUGAGACAUUCUGAGGAAGGCACCAUUAUACAAAAGUUAACCCUUCUCAAAACAACCCAGUCGGUCUCUUUUAACACUACCCUUUGUGCCUUAUUUACCCGCUCCAUUCCGGGCACCCACCACUGGUGCCCAAGAUGAGAAGCCAUAUAUAUAAGACAAAGUGGGAAGUCCACUGGCCCACUACAGUUUUAUGCUUGUGGGGCUUAUAAUCUAGACACAAAUUGCAAAGGUGGGGAGACAGGCCAUUGUGCAGCUUGGGGUUGUGAGUUGGUCUCCCCUUGGAAAAAUGAUAUCUGGAUCACGAUCACCCACACCACUGCUAACCCAGGUAAUGAGGCUAAAUAUCCCAUUACCAUCAAAAUACUAGACCCAAAAAAGGUUAAUUGGCUAACAGGAAUGAUGUGGGCACUCCAGCUGUACGUUACAGGCAGGGACCCAGGAACCCUUUUCACCAUACAAAGAGGGGAGCCUUAUUUUCUGCGAAGGACUUCCCUGACCAGGUCUCCAGAUGUUCAGCCGGUAGGGCCAAGCACUGACAUAUUCAAACCCUACCCUAUAGAGACACCAGACCCCCUGAAACAAUCACAAAAAAACAUGACACAGACAAUCCCAAACCCCCUUAAUGACUAUGCUCUCCCUGGUUCACCAAGUGCUCAAUCAGACUGACCCUGACCUUGCCCGAGAUUGUGCUUAGACCCUACCCCCCCUUUCUACAUUGGCAUCGCCGUCCAGCACCCUGUAAAUGAGACUGGCUUCUGUUCCUGGGAAGCCCCCAAGGUAACUCUUGAAUCAAUACAAGGGAUGGGGACCUGUUUGGCUGGAUCGACUUUUGACCAGACCUCUGACUUAACAUCAAAUCUUAUCUGUAGUCUGUGGAUAACACCUGACUCAUCUAAAACUUAUUCUGCCCCUAACAAUACCUGGUGGGCUUAUAAUCUGGGACUGACUAAGUGUAUCAUAGGAAAUCAGUUUGAACACAACCACUCUAUUUGUUACCUGGUAAGCCUCAUGCCUCACGUGCUCUAUUUUGAUGGAACAGCGGGGCGGGACCACCUCUUGGGCUACUCUCAUAUAAGAUGAGCCGGUCCUGUGACUGUCCUCAUCCUGGCUUUACUCACAGCAGGUAUAGCAGGACCUCAGCCGUGGGGACCUCAGCUCUGAUUCUCCAAGAUUCGGCCUUCAAACAGCUCAGCCACUGAGUCUCCCAAGACAUAGGGUACUUAGAAGACUCCAUUUCUAAACUAGAAAAUCAGGGCCUAGAGGAAUCCCUAAGGAUGAAGCUGAAUCUUACCAAGGUAGUUAAUGGUUGUCGUCUAGGAAAAAUACAAAACCUGGGCAAAACAGGAGACCACACCAUGGACAUUCCAGGCUGCCUUCUGUACACCAAGACAGGCUCUGCACCACACCUGACCCAGCACACUCUACAUAAUAUCCAUGGGGUUCCUGCCAUGGCUCAGCUUACGCUCUCAUCCCUAGCAGAACAUCAUGAAGUCUUUGCAGAAUAUAAGAAAGGAGUUGGAAACUUUAUAGGCAUGCCAGAAUCGCUCCUAUACUGCUCCCUGCACGAUCCAGUCAGCCCCUGCCCCUCUGGUUAUGUAACAAAUAAGUCCGUGUCUGUGUGGGGUGGUGGAGGAAGAGUAGAAAUGACCGUUUCCAAGUUCAUGGCAAUUCAGCAGGCCCUGCAGCCAGACUGGUUCCAGUCCCUCUCAGAUGGAGAGGCAUCUUGUGAGGAAGCAAUUUCCAUAAAAAGAGCCAGAAAGUCCGUGGAUCGAACACUUCUGUUUCUGGACAGCUGUCUGCGACUACAAGAAGAAUCAGAGGUCCUUCAGAAAAGCUCGAUCAUUGGAGUGAUUGAAGGCGGAGAUGUGAUGGAGGAGCGGCUCAGGUCAGCUAGGGAGACAGCCAAGCGGCCUGUCAGUGGCUUCCUCCUGGACGGCUUUCAGGGGAAUCCAACAACCCUGGAGACCAGAUUGCAGUUGCUGUCAUUAGUCACUGCGGAGCUGCCCGAAGACAAACCAAGGCUCAUUUGUGGUGUUAGCCGGCCAGAUGAGGUGCUCGAGUGUAUUGAAAGAGGAGUGGACCUAUUUGAGAGUUUUUUUCCUUAUCUAGUGACAGAGCGAGGCUGUGCCCUGACAUUCAACUUUGACUACCAGCCGAACCCUGAAGAGACAUUAUUACAACAAAAUGGGAUACAAGAAGAAAUAAAAUAUGAGGAUCAAAUAAAGAAAAUUAAAACAACUGGUUGCAACCAAAAAAUGACAUCAUUUGAAAUUAAUCUGAAAGAAAAAAAGUACCGGGAGGACUUUAGCCCCCUGGUGAAAGAAUGUUCCUGUUACUGCUGUAAGAAUCACACUCGUGCCUACAUCCACCAUCUGCUGGUAACCAAUGAGCUGCUGGCUGGGGUCCUGCUUAUGAUACACAACUUUGAACACUAUUUUGGAUUUUUUCACUCCAUCCGGGAAGCACUAAAAAGUGACACACUGGCACAGUUGAAAGAGCUCAUUCGCAGGCAAGCAUCUGGAGAACUGGGAAAUACAAAUCUGACUCUGCAUUGAGCUUAUACCAUGGUUAUAACAUGGGAACAAAUGAAGAAGAAAUGAUCUUAGCUUUAUUUUUUUGUUGUUUGGGUUUUUGUUGUUCUUUUUGUUUUUUUUUUCUUUUUGAAACAGGGUCUCACUGUGUAGUUCCGGCUGGUCUUGAACUCACUAUGUAGCCCAGGGCACUCACAGUGAUCCUUCUGCCUCAGCUUUCCUGAGUGUUGGGAUUACAGGCAUGUGUCACUAUGCCCAGAAUGAUUUUAGCUUUAAACAUUUAUAUUUAAGGAUAAAAAUCUGCUAAAUUAAAGAAUAUCUGAAAAAUAUGAGUAAAGUAAAGAAUGGCUUUUUCAAACUGCCCACAUGAUAGUGAAGAGGUGUCUUCUAAAAACUUAAAUCGCCUAGCCAAGUUUGGUGACUUAUAUGCCUGUAAUUCCAGUAUUUAGGAGGCAGAGACAGGAUUGGAAGUUGAAGAGGCCUGCUUGGGCAUUUUAGUGAGAGUCUGUCCCAAAAUAAGUAAAAAGGAGGGCCGGGAAUUUACCCAGUUGCCCCACAACUGCCUGACAAGUGCAAGGUCCUGAGUUCAAUUUCUAGUACCCUCCCCCCCCCAAAAUAAAAAGGGCUGGUGAUGUAGCUCAGUGGUAGAGUCCUUGCCUAGAAUGUACAAGGCUCUGGGUUCAAUCUUUAGUACCACACAAAAAGUAAAAAGAAAGAAGAAAAGACUUAGGUGGCAUUUCUUACAUUGGUAAGAAAGGGUUGAACCGUGAUCUUCAAAAUGUCUAGGCUAAUUCUUAUUACAGUAGACCCUUGACUCAUAAACUCAAUUCGUUCAAGAGGUCUAGUUGUAAUUCAGGUUGGUCAAUUAAUGGCUCAGGCUCCUCUACACAGCCUUCAAAGUCUCUCUCCUGUAUAUAGGCAGAUCUCAGUAUCCUGAGAGAUGUUGGCCCGGGAUUUCUCAAUUAACCCCACACAGGAAAGGAUGUUGUAAUGUUCCUUUCAGAACUCUUUAAGGGUUAAAUCUGUAUCUGAGACCAUCUGGAAGCACAAGUGGCUGGCAUUUGGGCUGUAACUCAAGACUUUGUAAGUUAAAACUAAAACUCUGAUCAUAACCCAAGUUGUUCAUAUGUCAGGCUGGCCAUAACUCGAGGGUCCACUGUAGUUGACAGAAAUUCACCUGAUGGCUUUAGAUGGGAGGAGACACUCUUAAAAGGGGAGAUGAAAUUGUAGGGGCCACUGAAAGAUGAACUGGGACCUGCGGGGUGAUUACUUCAUAAGUAGUGUAACCUCUGUGGACACACAGCCUGUUAACUGGAGGAGGAAUCUGGCUGAUUUGAUGGUUUUCUUUAUUUUGACCGUCAUACUGUCAGGGGCCUCUCUUUGUCUUCCAAGUGCUCUGCUAGUGUAGUCACUCAGAAAGGGCUCAUGUGGCUUCACCACACUUGUGUCUUCUUGUGUGGACCUCACACAGCGCUCCUGUGAUCACAUGGCUCAGGUCACACCUUCAUUUGGCCACUUGAUCUGUUUGUGGCUUGUCUUCCUAGGGAGUGUACUUACCAGUUAGGAGCCCAGUGGUUGCACAGCUACUUUUAUCUAGUUGCACAAAUCCACCGUGGUCUUCCCUCCGGGGUCAUAAAUAAUCUAAGCUCGUAAUAACUGUAGCCCUAUCUCUUGUGGAGAUUCAUUCUUAUGUAUUCACUCGGAUGAGCCACCAAGCUGGCCAAUUAGAUGAUCAUUUUCAGCUGCUCAGUUGUGACGCAUGAAUGCAGCACUUAACCUCUCCAUUGCUUCCUCGUUAAUAAGUUGGGGCAGGCAGAGCGAUAGGACUAAAUAAACUUCUAAGAUUCUGCUGGCUUUAAAAUUUGAGAAACAAAAAGCUUUAGAUUAGAGUCUUAGCCACACUUGUCAUUCUUGUUUAUUAAUCACUAUUGGCCUGACUUAAAAAUUCACCAGUACCAGGAGUCAAGUAACAUAGUAAAUGUAUUUGAGAACUUAAAAAGAACUCCAGCCUGUGAAUUUUGAAGUGAUUAGUGAAUUGGCAUCAGAAAAUCCUUACACUAGAGUCAUCCUUGAUCAUAUGAUUUUGUCAUGGUGUUACCAAAGGAGUGACAUUUUUGUUGAUAGUAUGAUAGACAGGGAAUUUUUAUUUUCUUUGAACUUUUUUAUAUUUGUCAACUUUAAAGUAAGGAAUAUGUAUAAACAUAGGCACACACAUACUCUUUAUAAAAAUAAUAAUGGAACCAAAAUGAUGCCCCUUUUUUGUAUGGGUAAGAAGUACAUUUGUUUUACACUCAUGUUAUAUUUUGCUGUUUUUUAAAAAUUUAGUGGCCAUUACUGUUCAAUAAUUUUUUGUAGUUCUUAUAUGGCUAUUAUAUAUUUAUGUGUUGGGAGCCCAUCUAUGUUUCUUUCUUUAGUAAUAUAACUUUAGCAUGAAUGACAGUGGACACUUACAGAAGCCAGAGUUUCUGUUCUCAAGGAUAUGAUUGUCUUAAAAUAUGUUGUUUUUUACUUGUUCCUGUGUUCAUAUUCUUGUUCAAUGCCAAAACCCGUUGCUGAAGAAGUAUCAGUAUAUAUUCCAGAAUCUAUAAAAAAUUUAUGAGUUGUAUUUAUGUCGAAAACACUGAAAAUUCUGUUCAAUGUUGUUCACUUCCUUGGUUCUUUUUCUUAUUAGCACAUUUGAAAGAUUUCUUUAAUGCAAUAAAUCUAUUAAAGGUAA